AUGAGUUCUCAGAAAUCCAUGUCCAACAAAGGAGAAAAUGUACAUAGGACUGUCGAUCUUGGAGAAGAUCUUGUUGAUCUUGGUGGAGAGCUCGGAGAGGAGGAGUCAUGGUCGAAACAGCCCGUAGGCGAAGAAGAUGAGAGAGAGAAGGCGCAAUUGGGAUCUAUUACUAGGCGCGCAUCUGAGGCGCGUGAGGAGGAGGCACGGGUGCCUGCUGCCGCUGUCGCUACCAUUCCCAUGGGAGGCAUUGAAAGGGGUGGGCACCUUUGGCGAGCUCUAGGCGUCGCCGAUGGAGGUGGUUUGGGCAAGCCCUUUGCCUAUGGUGGAGAUAAACACACUGGUUUGGCGAAUGGAGGAGGGUGCUCUGAUCUGGCUGCUGGGCACGCUAAGGGAGUUGUGAGAAAUUCAAGUAAGUAG